CAGACGGGAGCUUUACAGUGUGAUAAUAUUGACCUUUUGGGUGUGAGAUGCUGCCGAGUUCACAUAAACCUCACAGCAGCAGGCCUGAUGCUGUGCAACCGUUGUCUGCAGGUAGUGUGGCGGAGCCGCCGAGCGGACUCCCCUCACCAAGUCCCAGAGACCCUCGGCACUUUCCUGACUCACACAUGGACGUUCAGGGGUAUAAGUGGGUGCGAUGGCGGGUGUGGAUGUGCCGUCUUCUCGCCCUGCUGACCUUGGGUCUCCUCCUGAUUCUGUUUCACUGGCGCCCUCGACUCGCCGUCCUGGCCCGCUGCUGCUCCUGCCCCCUGGCUUUGGCAGAUAUUCUGCUGCUGAGAGACAGUUUUGGCCAACAACAUGUGGUGGAGGUCCUCACAGAGGAGAUGGAGGAGGGCAGCUGGGAGGUGUUGGGACAGCAGGAGGAUGUUGAAUGGAGAGACACAGUUCAGCUGUAUGACGAGGAGAGAACUCUGCUGCGCUACUACCUGUUUGAAGGAUUGCGUUACGUCUGGCUGAGCAGGAAGGGAGCGUUCUGUAGCGUUAGUGUCCUCAAUGAGGACUGGAGCUGCAAAGACCUGCAUAACUUCAAAAAGGGCCUGACCCCCCUCGAGCAGAGCUUGAGGAGAUCCCUGUAUGGCGCCAACCUGAUUGACGUGCCUGUGAAGUCUUACAUGAAGCUGCUGGUUGAGGAGAUCCUCAAUCCUUUCUAUGUGUUCCAAGUUUUCAGCGUCAUCCUGUGGACAAUUGAUACCUAUUAUAUUUAUGCCUCAAUCAUAGUUUUUAUCUCGUUUAUCUCCAUCGGCAUCUCACUUUAUGAGACCCGUAAGCAAAGUGUGACGCUACGCAGCAUGGCGCGGUUCGUCACAAACGUCACAAUACGAAGAGACUCAGGACAGGAGGAAUGUGUGAGCUCGGAGGAUCUGGUUCCUGGCGACUGUCUGAUCAUCCCUCAGGAAGGUCUGCUGCUGCCCUGCGACGCUGCCCUGCUGGCUGGGGAGUGUCUGGUCAACGAGAGCAUGCUCACAGGUGAAAGUGUUCCGGUGCUGAAAACCUCCCUGCCCGCCGUUGACAGGAAAUACAGCUCAGACUCUGAGCGCAGACACACUCUGUUCUGUGGAACCCAACUCAUCCAGGCCAAAGGGGGGCGACCCGGCGGAGCGGGCGCCGUCGCUGUAGUCACCAGCACUGGUUUUUUCACAGCCAAGGGGAACCUGGUCAGCUCCAUUCUGUAUCCUCAGCCAAUCGACUUCCGCUUCUACAAAGAUGCCUUUAAGUUCCUGUUCAUCCUGGGUUUUUUCGCUCUCAUUGGCAGCAUUUACAUUUUUGUCGUUCUCUACAAAGCCCAAGUGACCUGGCUGGAAUUGAUUAUCAGGUCCUUGGAUAUCGUGACCAUCGCAGUGCCUCCGGCGCUGCCUGCUGCCAUCACAGCUGGAACCAUCUACGCUCAGAACAGGCUGAAGAGCGAGGGCGUCUUCUGCAUCAGUCCGCCUCGGAUCAACGUCUGCGGGAAAGUUUCGCUCUUCUGCUUUGACAAGACGGGAACUCUGACAGAGGACGGUCUGGAUGUGUGGGGAGUGGUGGAGGCGGGUCCUGCUGGUUUCUCGGAGCUGGUCCCCGAUCCCCAACAGCUGCCUGCCGGCCCGAUGCUCUCUGGCCUCGCCUGCUGCCACACAGUCACGCUGCUGCGAGGGCAGCCCAUCGGAGACCCUCUGGAGCUGAUGAUGGUCGAGUCCACUGGCUGGACUCUCCAGGAGCCAGAGGAAGAUGUACAUACUCUGGAUGCAGAGUUCGGAGGCCACAAAGUUUUGGCUGUUAUGGAGCCACCUACUGGCCAGAGCCAGGCGGUGGCCAUCGUGGGAAGGUUUCCCUUCUCUUCAGCCCUGCAGAGGAUGAGCGUGGUGACGGUGGAUCGAGGAGGCCGCUCUGCUCUCGCUUUCAUCAAAGGUGCUCCAGAGAUGGUGGCCAGUCUCUGUCGACCUGAAACAGUGCCUUCACAGUUUGCCAGUGAACUCCGUAACUUUUCCAGUGAAGGCCUGAGAGUCCUGGCACUCGGCUGUAAGACCGUCGAUGUGAACUCAGACUUGAAGACUAUUGAAAGAGAGGAAGUGGAGAAAGACAUGCAGUUUCUGGGCUUCUUGAUGAUGAAGAAUCAGGUGAAGAAAGAAAGUGGAGAAGUUAUCAACAUCUUGACGGCGGCACAAGUUCGCAACGUUAUGGUCACUGGAGACAAUAUUUUGACGGCAGUUAGUGUAGCCAAAAGCUGCGGGAUGGUGGCGCCCGAGGAGAAGGUGAUCUACGUCAUCGCAAACCCACACACUGCUCGAUCGAUGCCCACACUGAAGUUCAGCCUGCAGGACGGAGGCAGCGCGGCCGCCCACAGCUCCGAGGUCGUCACCCAGAAUCUCUACCAGGGGGGUUUUGGCUAUCACUUGGCUAUCAAUGGAAAAUCCUUUGCAGCUCUCUGCGAUUACUUUCCCGAUGAUCUCCCGAAGGUUUUAAUGCGAGCCACGGUUUUUGCACGAAUGUCCCCCGACCAGAAAACCCAGCUGGUGAAAGAGCUGCAGAAACUGAACUACAGAGUGGGCAUGUGUGGGGACGGAGCCAACGACUGCGGCGCCCUGAGAGCCGCCGAUGUGGGAGUUUCCCUGUCUGAGGCCGAAGCCUCGGUGGCCUCACCUUUCACCUCAAAGACUCAGAACAUCAGCUGUGUGCCGCUGCUCAUCAGAGAGGGUCGAUGUUCUCUGGUCACCUCCUUCAGCCUCUUCAGAUACAUGGCCCUGUACAGCCUGAUUCAGUUCAUCUCCGUCAUCAUCCUCUCCACGGAGAAGACGAGCCCGGGUGACUGGCAGUUCGUGUUCUGGGACCUGGUUCUGGUCACCGUGCUGGCCCUGGUGAUGGGGAUGGGUGGUCCCAGUCUGGUGCUGCACCCUCACAGACCCCCGGCCAGCCUGCUGGCUCUGCCCGUCCUGGGGAGCCUCUUCAUCCACACCUGCCUCAUCGCCCUGGGCCAGCUGGCCGCGCUCUUCAUCACCAAAUCGCAGGACUGGUUUGUUCCACUCAACUCCACGGUGUUCGGAACGAAAAAUCUCCCCAACAUGGAGAACACCAGUGUGUUCGCCUUAUCCGGUUUCCAGUACAUCAUCAUGGCGAUUGCGGUCACCAAGGGAUACCCACAUAAGAAGCCCCUGUACCACAACUGGAUUUUCUUCGGCGUGCUGAUCGUCCAGCUCGCGCUGAUGACGUGGCUGGUGCUGUAUCCCGGUCACGUCGUUGGCCUGUUUUUUCAGCUCUACAACUUCACCGACAUGAAUUUUAAGAUGCUGCUCGUCGCCUUGGCUGCUCUCAACCUCCUCAUUUGUUUUGUGGUGGAGGUGCUGAUAGACCUGGGUAUUUUAAACUGCCUCCGACUCCUGCGUGGGACGCAUCCCUCGAAGAAACAGUAUAAACUCCUGAACAACGUUCUGUCCGAGAGCUCGUCCUGGCCCCCCCUCAAUCAGACUCUCACCCCCAGAAACCACACAGUCGUCAGCAUCAGCUAACAUCCGCCCGGCCUCUGUUGGACGUUAGCUCACUAAAUAAAGCCGUGGAUGUCUGGACCACAUCCACAGCUCCACUAAUUAUGCAAAGCUGUGUUUACAUGUAGGAAUAAAAGAUAUUUUUAUGGCAACUUGUGUAUAUUUAUAGAUGUUUUUCAUUGUGUUUGAGCGUGAAGUAAAAACAAGAAUCGCUUAUUUUUUUUCUGCAAAUCAUUUUAUUAAAUCAGUAUUUACAGGCAGUUUGUAUUUGCACUGGGUGUUCACCAGAUUUCCUGAACUAACAUCUGUAACCAGUACUGUGGAUUCUGCUGUCGAAUAUUUCUUGAACUGCAUCACGGAAAAUAACAAAAAAAAAAAAUCCCAAAAACCGAGAAGUAGAGAUACAGGAGGCACAAGCUGAUUCCAACCUUUAAAACUUCAGGAGUUCAUGAUGCUGCACCUCUGAAUAUGGCUUUAUCAAUAUCUAUUUUUUUUUUUUU